AUGGGAAAAUCCGAGUUCGUGCCCAGCAAUUCCUGGGGCCCGGCAACCUUGCAGCCGGUCAUACCAGAGUCAGAAUUCUCGUGGAACGACUGGUCAAUGAAAAGUGGUAAUUCAGGAAUAUCGACGCCGAAGACUUGUCUGCCUACGAAUCUAAUGAUCGAGUUGAUCAACGACGUCUUCACGGCUAGCGCAACCUAUAAAGACACCGCAAAGAUCUUUCCUCGCGAGAUAGAGCUCUCUCGCGCCGGCGACAAAAUGGCUUGGGUAGAGGGCCAAAUGCUAGGCGAGGCAGACGAAGGGACCAAGGCCCCCAUUUCUAGGAGUGUUCAUUUUGCGACCAUGACCGACUCCCGGAGAAGUUUGGCGGCGGACUCAGGAACCCUGCCGUGA